AAAAAAAAAAAAUAAUAAUCAAAUAAACAAAUAAAUUUAAUUUACUUUAUUAUUUUGUUUAUAAAGAUGAGUGAAAAAAAACCCGAUUAUUAUAACUCAGUAAAUAAUCCGAUCACUUUCAGUUCGGAUGAAGUACUUGUUAGGAAUUACAACAAUUUUAAUUUAACAUAUGAUGAACUUAUAAAUAAUUCUCAAAAUACCCGCCUCGCAAGAAGAAAUGAAAGAAAUGGAACUAAUAUUAUUCCACGACGCCAAAAUGCAUGGGUAUUAUAUCUCAGAGAUAAAAGCACGGGUCGUGAUGUAAGGUUCCAAUUUAAACAAAUUGCAAAGAUGUGGAAUGAAGAACCAAAGGAGGUAAUAAAAGUAUACGAAGCAGCAGCAAGAUUGGCCGCGGAAAGACACAUAGAAAAGUAUGGCUCGGAUUACAAAUAUAAACCGGAAAAAUCUUUUAAAACUUCGAAAUCUUUAAAAAAUUCUUCAAAUCUUAUAUUUUCAAAAUUUUAAAAUUUU